AUGGCAGCUUGCAAAGAUGAUGCCAAUGGUCUCAUGGGAGAAAGGAGAGCAAAAUCUGAAGAAGCUGAGAACAAGAGCAGGAAAACUGUGUUGCUGGAAAAAACAAAUAAUCUGAGUGAGGAACAUAAUUGUGGGGGCAAGGAAAAAGUUGGAGGAGAGCAUGCAUUAGCUGGUUCUUUCUGGAAGCUUAGUUCUGGAAGGCAGACAGCUAGGACAGAUGAUUUAGAACAAAAGCAGAGUGCUUUCACUGAGGUCAGGAGGAUGAAGGAGAAGCUGAGGAAUGAGAGACCGAAGGACCCAGAACAGGAGGAUGGCGUUGUCCCACUUGGUAAAGAGCAGGUAUCAAAGGAAGUGUUGCUGAACUCUGCUGGUAGUGCAUUCUCCUUUGUGUGGCCCACCAGAACCCGAGGAGAACAGAAAAGUGCUUUCAGCAAACCCAGUAAGUGUCUAACAGAAAGAGCUGCAAUAAAUUCUUCUCAUCCCAUGAGUGAGUCACCAAAGAGCCUGGGGGAGCUGUCUGGCUUCAUUGCCACAACAGACAUCAUGUGCUGCAGCACUCUUCUCAAUUCUAAGUUCUUUGUCAGUGAUUUGUGUAAUGCUCAGAUGCUACAGACAAGCAUUACUCGAAGCAAUGUUUUCCCAUAUACCUCAGAACCAUGGCUCAAGCAAGCAGGAGGGCAAUUACAAAACACAACCAGCACUUCUUCCUCCUCUUCCUCUUCCUUGACUCUUCUUCCUCCCACCUUCACAUCCUUUGGAGUGGCUGCCCAGAACUGGUGUGCCAAAUGCAACCUGUCUUUUCGCAUGACGUCUGAUUUAGUCUUCCACAUGCGGUCACAUCACAAGAAAGAGCACUCCUCCAGUGAGUCCCAGUGCAAGCGGCGACGAGAGGAGAAGCUGACGUGUCCCAUUUGCCACGAGUACUUCCGAGAACGCCAUCAUCUCUCCCGCCACAUGACUUCUCACAAUUAG